AUGCCCAAGUCAAAGAGAUCAAAGAUUUACAAUCUUACCAAAGCUGAUAAGAAAGGAAAGCCUGCAAAGGAAAACUUGUUUAACGAGAUUCGAGAGUCUGUAGAUAAAUAUGCAUACAUUUAUGUGUUUGAGGUUAUGAACAUGCGGAACGUUUAUCUCAAAGAGGUUCGCAAUGACUGGUCCGGAAGCAGAAUUUUUCUUGGACGCAAUCGAGUGAUGGCCAAGGCUCUGGGCACAACUGAAGAAUCUGAAUACAAGUUGAAUUUGCGCGAGCUGAGCUUGAAACUUGUUGGUGAUGUUGGUCUCCUGUUUACCAACUCUACUCCAGAAGAAGUAAAAAAAUAUUUUGAAGGAAAAAAGGAAUCCGACUAUGCUAGAAGUGGCACGAUUGCUGAAAGCGAGAUCAUCAUUCCCCAAGGUCCAGUGAUGCGUGGUGAAUUAAACUUUCCUAACAACAUGGAGCCGCAUCUGCGUAGUCUUGGUAUGCCUACAAUGCUAGUGAAUGGCGUUAUUCAGUUGGCAUCACCAUACACCAUUUGCAAAAAGGGAGCUACGCUCACACCCGAACAAGCACAUUUGCUGAAACACUUUGGGUUCCAUCUAGCAGAAUUCCAUAUCAUCCCCAAGUACUAUUAUCAUGACGAAGUGUACACCACGAUUGAAUAAAAGGUCAAUCGACGCUUGGAACAGUUUCGAGCGCCAGAGUGAAUCUA